AUGCCAUAUCAUUCACCUGGUAAAUGUGCAAACCAAUCACCUAGUUUUACGGUUUCUUCAAAUCUUAUUUCGGACUUUGUGGUUUCACCUUUUGAUGAUUUAUUAGCUGUUGGUGAUGAAAAGGGAAAGGUUUCAGUGUUAAGAUUACCAAAUCAGAUCGAUUCAAAUGAACUAAACCCAAACUUUCCACCACUUCAUCAUUUCUCUCAUUCAUCAGAUGGAAGACCAAUCGAUAAACUGACCUUCAAUCCAACUACAAGUUCACUCCUAAGUACUUCAUCUGCUUCUAAUUUAUCAAUUUGGGAUUUAAACCAUUCUUCAUCAAUCCAAUCACCUGUUAUCAAUCUUGAUCAUCAUCAGCUUGGGAUUUGGGAUCUUCAAUGGAAUUGGAAUGGUGAUUUGAUCGGUUGUACUACUAAAGAUGGAAACUUAUCGAUUUGGGACCCUAGGAAUGGAAAUCGGUUGAUCGGUUCUUGUCUUUCUCAUGGGGUGGCUGGAAAGAAAUGUAGUAGGUUAGCUUGGAUUAAUAAUUAUAUCAUCACCACAGGUGUCAACAAGUUACGAGAACGUGAAAUCUCAUUGUACGAUCCAAGAGAGCUUAGUAAAGGACCUUUAAAAUCACAAACGAUUGAUAAUUCUACGGGAGUGUUGAUCCCAUUAAUUGAUCCGAAUCGAUCGAUGGUCUAUCUUUCAGGUCGAGGUGAAACAUCUGUGAGAUGGUUCGAAAUCAAUUCUACAUCUAUCAAUUCAAAUCCUAUAGAAGUACAUCAAACUAGACUCGUAGAUCCGAUUGCUGGGAUCGCCAUGGCUCCGAUCAAUCCUUCUACGGUGGAUGUGAUGAAAGCUGAGAUUUGUAAAUUGGUGAUCUUGAGUAAAAAUCAACAAGUUUUACCGGUUAUCAUUCAAGCUCCUAAGAGACAGUAUCUUGAUUUUCAUCUGGAUGUGAUGCCACCAGUUAGGAGUAUGACUGCAGCACAAACUUCUACUGAAUGGCUGAAUGGAGGAAAUGCGACCAUCGAGAUGGUUUCGCAAGACCCAGCGGACUCUGGAACUCGAUCAUCCAUCACGAAAUCUACAGACAUACCCUUGACCACCAUCACUUCAAAAGCUCAACCCACACAGCCAGAGCCAUUACCUGUUGCUUCGAAAUCUAAACCUUUUCAACAACCUACCUCGCAAGUGUCGAGCUCUGAUCAACCAGUCAGCUUACCAACUCAACCAAAGGCCUCUCAAGCAAAAGACUUGGUUCCUCCGAUUUCAUCAUUAAAUAUCAGUGAACAAACCGCCAAAUCAUCAGUACCCAAAGCUCGUUGGUCUCGAAAAUAUUUAACUGGAAAGACACCCAUGAAAGCCGAUUACGAAGACUUACAAAACCUUUCAAGUACUUUCUCAUCCGAUCGAGAGAUGAUCAAAUCCACCCCACGUUACUGUUAUGUACCAUUAGGUGGAGCCGGAGGAAAGUUGGGAGUGAUUGAAGUUCAAAAGAAGGGUAGAUUACCUACUCAUCUUCCGGCUUUCUUGUCUCAAACCGAUCUGGUGAGCUUUGAAGUUGAUCUUUUGGUCGAAGGUAGAGUUUUUGUGGGGGGUUUGGAUGGGAAGGUUAGGGUUUUUCAGGUUCCUGAGGAUGGAUUGAAGUCUGAUAUUGAAGAAGUUCAAAUGAUGUUAUCUGAUCCGAAAAUCGAUCGAAUUCAUAUUAUCAAAGCUCAUCCGAUUGCCAAAGACAUCAUUUUCGUCAUAUCUGAAGAUCAAGGUGAACCGACUUUACGGAUCUGGGACGUAAGCUCAUCUGAAAGCUCAUCAGAACCUAUAAUGAAGUUUAAGAUUCCAUGUCAAAGGGUUUCAUCAGCGAAUUGGUCAAAUGGAUCAAUGAUUGCGAUUUGUGAUAAAGAUUCAGGUUUGUAUGUGAUUGAUCCAAGGAAAAGUCAACGGGAUGGGAAAGAAGAAUGGUGUGUUGGUAAAACUCAUGAUGCUUGUCAGAAAUCUAAUCAACUUUCUUGGAUUGAUUCACAAAAGUAUUUAUUGACUACUGGAUUUAAUUCAUUAUCGAUGAGAGAAUUGAAAGUGUAUAGAGUAGAGUUUGAAAAGAAAUUGGUUUUGGAAAUUAAUCGAAUUAGUUUCGAGACCGUUUCUCUUUCUCCUUCGUUUGUGUUUUUCGAUCAAGAUCUCUCGGUGAUCUUUUGUUGGAGUAAAGGAGAAAGAAGUUUGAAUUUAAUUGAAGUGAUCAUCAACGAAGAAACGGAAGAAGAAGCAACGGAAGAGAUUAAGUUGGAAAAGUUAAUGGGAUUCUCACAUUCUAGUCUUCAACUUGGGUUUAGCUUUUUUCCAAAACAAAUCAUGAAUGUGAAGGAAAUCGAAGUAGAUCGUGCUUUGAGGUUGACUCAGAAUUCGAUUGAGGUGGUCAGCUUUAUGGUUCCUAGGAAUCGGACUGAAUUCUUUCAGGAUGAUAUAUUUAUUGAUACUUUGGACGUUUUGGAAGCUACUUUUUGGAAUGCAAAAGAAUGGAUCGAAGGAAAGGAAAAGGAAGAAAAGGAAGGAAGGGAAGGGAAGAUGGUCGGGUUGAAGCCUGAGGGGAUGAAGUGUGUUAGUGAAAUGAAGAUGGAAUCGGUUGGGAAAAGUAAACAACGUGAAUUGAUGUAA